AUGCAGAAACAAAAGGGUGCAGGUGCCGAUGAUGGGCACGUCAAAAAAGAAGAUGUAAAAGAUUACAAUAAACAAGUGAGGUCCGAUAUAAACAAUCAAAAUGCCACCGCUGAGCAACCAAAACCCAAACCUCAAGAUUCCAACUCCAAACACAUUAGAGACAACACUACAUUUUCAUGGGAGCAAGUUGGUGGAUGGGAUUUAGACGAGCAUCUGGACAAAAAGAAAUUACUCAGAAAUGCAAAGAAUAUUGAAGGAUAUAUAGUUGACCAUUUCUAUGGUGACUGGUUCUGGAAUACUAGUUUGAUGUUGGGCACUUGUCUUUUCGCUUGGCUUGUUGCACGCUUAGGUGGUGGCAUACUCUCAUUGGGAUUGGUUUUGCUCUUUACCAAUUCAGUUUAUAGGGCAGAGUUUCGUCGUUUCAAUAGAAACAUUAGAGACGAUAUGGCAAGAGUCAAGGCAAACAACAGAUUGGUUAAUGAAUUGGAAACUAUGGAAUGGAUGAACUCAUUCUUGGACAAGUUCUGGGUCAUCUACAUGCCAGCAUUGUCGGAAAUAGUAAUGUUUCAAGCAAAUGAAGUAUUAAAGGAUCAAGCUCCAGGAUUUGGUAUUGAGAAAUUAUCCUUGGACGAGUUCACCCUUGGUUCAAAAGCUCCACGUGUCGAUUCCAUCAAAUCUUAUACUCAAAAGAGUCAUGAUAUUAUUGAGAUGGACUGGGCUUUUUCAUUUACACCAAACGAUACAGAUGAUAUGACCAAGAAUGAAAUCAAGAAAAAAAUCGAUCCAAAAGUUGCCUUGGGUGUUACUGUUGGUAAAGCAUUUAUUUCAAAAUCAUUACCAAUAUUGGUUGAAGAUAUGUCAUUCACAGGAAGAUUAAAAGUGAAAUUGAGAUUGUCACAAAAUUUCCCACAUGUCAAAAUGGUUUCUAUUCAAUUCUUGGAAGCACCAACUAUUGAUUAUGCAUUAAAGCCAGUGGGUGGUGACACGUUUGGUAUUGAUAUCAUGUCAUUUAUUCCCGGUUUGUCCAAGUUUGUUAAUGGUAUUAUCCAUGCAACAUUGAGACCAAUGUUGUAUGCACCAAACUCAUUGGAUAUAAAUGUUGAGGAAUUACUAGAAGGCCAAUCAAAUGACUCAAUUGGUGUAGUUGCCGUGACUAUCAAAUCUUGCAAAAACUUGAAAACGGGCCAAACAACAAAGCCAAAGAGUUUGAACCCAUAUGUGCAAAUCAAGGUUUCCAAUAACGGCAAGAUUGACGAAAGAACAAAGACAAAGAAAUUGAUUAAUGAUCCAAUCUAUUUGGAAACAAAAUACGUAUUGGUGAAUCAACUUGAAGGUAAUUUCCUUAAUUUCAACGUCUACAACUUGAUUGAAGAUAAGGCUGAUGACCAAUUGAUUGGUAAUUGCGAGUUCCCCUUGGGCGAAUUGCUUCAAGAAACAAACCUUCCAGGUAUUACAAAGAAUAUUAUGGAAGGUGGCAAAGUCGUUGGUAAACUUGACCUUGAUCUUAAAUGGUUCCCUACAAUGCAGCCAAUCGAAUUGGAAGAUGGUACAAAGGAAGUUGUUACUGAUUCCGAAGUUGGUAUAAUGAAACUUACAUUACACGAGGCCAAAGACCUCGACAUUUCCAAAUCCGUUAUUGGAUUACUCAACCCAUAUGCUGAGAUUUACGUCAAUAAUGAAUUGGUAAAGUCGUGUCGUAAAUUAAGACAAACCAAUGAGCCAUCAUGGGAACAAUCGUUUGAAAGUUUAAUUACUCAGCAAACAGAUACGGAAAUCCAGGUUUUGGUGAGAAAUACCGUUGAUAACAGUAUUGUUGCUAACCUCGAUGUCAAUCUUCAAGAUAUUGUUUUUGAAAGUGGUAGAGGACAGCAAUGGUUCUCUUGCCCAGUAAUCAGUCCAAACUCACCUGCUCCACAAAUCAGCAUUAGUGCAAGUUGGAAACCAUUGGCAGUUGACGAAGAGACAAGCUCCAAAUUGAUUAGACCAGCUCCAAUCGGUGGUAUUAAAUUACAUUUGAGAGGUGCAAAAGGUUUAAAGAAUCUUGAAUCUGUUGGAUAUGUUGAUCCAUACGUUAGAGUGAUUGUUAAUGGAAAAUUGCGUGCAAAAACAAUCACAUUUGCCGAAACUGUUAAUCCGCAAUGGAAUGCAGCAUAUUUCUUGCCUGUUGCCAAUCCCCACCUGCACUAUUUGUUGCAAAUAAUGGAUGCAGAACCAGAGGGUAAGGAUAGAUCUUUAGGAACAGCUGCAAUUAAUGUUUCUGACUUUUUGAGAAAGAAUGAUGAAGGCUACUGGUUGGGAUACGACGGAGCAGAUGAAAUCAUUGAGCAACCAGUCUUGUUUGAAUCAGAACAAGUUGGAUCCAUCUUUUAUUCCGUGUCAUUCUUUCCAACAAUUCCUGCUUACUCUUUAUCAGAAUUACACAAUGAACAAGAGUAUAAGGAACAACAACAAUUGAAAGAAGAGAGGGAAAAGCGUCAAAGAGAAAAAGAAGAGAAAUUAUACAAGGAAAACCCUGGGGAAUAUGAAUGGGUUGAAACUGAGGAAGAUACCAUGGCAGCACCGCCAAAGAUUAAAAUCAAAUUGGAAGAUGCUAUCAAAUAUAGAGCUGGUGACAUGGCUGUUCAUUUACUUAGUGGCCACUUUGACAGAAAUGAUGUUUACGUUCAAACUCUUUUUGACGAGAAUGCUCACCCUUCAGGUGUUUCCCCAAUUGUUGAAAACAAAAAGAUUGUAACCAGCUCUAUUGGAGAAACAUUUAUUCGUGACUUGCCAAAUUCCAAAUUAAUCUUUAGAAUUACUAAAAAAGCAGAAGUGGUUUCUGCAAAGGAUGUUAUUUUCGAAAAGACAUACGAAACAAUUGAGAUAUAUAAACAAUCAUUUAAAGAGCCAAUAUUACUCAACUUGGGUGGACGCAACUCCAUUGAAGUGCAAUUGGAGUAUUUCCCUUCAGUCGCCAAAUUGGCUCCUUUGGAUACUGUUUUGGAUGUGGGCAAGUGCAAAUUGGAACUUAUUGGUGCACACGAUUUGAAAUCUGUUGAUACAAAUGGUAAAUCAGAUCCAUUGUGUGUUGUUAAAUUGGAUGGUGUUGAGAUUUAUAGGACUGAUAAAAAGAGAAAGACUUUGGAUCCAUUAUGGAACGAGGCUGUUCAAUUCCCAAUGAUUUCUAGGUCUAGACAACUUUUGUUGGUUGAAGUAUACGACUGGGAUUUGACUCAUGACGAUGAAUUACUUGGUGUUGCAAACAUUGAUUUAUCAAAUAUACCUGCAUUAACAACUACUCCAUUUACUGUAAAUUUGGAUACUCAAGGUACUGUUGAUUUGAGAGCUACAUUCUUCCCUGAAUAUAUUCGUCCACCAUUGGAUCCAAAGGCCAUGAUUCCUGUUAACUUGAAGGACAUCUCUGAUGCUCCAAUGAAGGCAGUUGGUAGUGUUGCAGAACUCGCAUCGAGUGCAGUUGGUACGGGAUUGGGUGCUGCUUCUGAUGGUGUUACUAAAGGACUGUCAUUACUCAAAGGAUUUAGAAGAAAGAAUAAAAAGAGUGGUCAUGAAGGUGACUCUGAAGAGCAAGACGAAGAGCAUAACGAAGGAGGAAAUGAGGGAGGUGAAGAGCAGGAUAUUCCUGAAGAAGAAAAGGAGUUUAGAAAGACUCAAGAUGCCGAAAUCUCCAGUAUCGUUGCUGCUCCAAAUAUCCGUGAGAAUCCACUUCCACCACCUCAAAAGCCAGCAAUGAUGGGUCACAACAGGAACUCGAGUGUAACCACUGAUGUUUCGAGUUUUGCAGCUAGUAGUAUUGGUGGUGAAGGCGUUACGCCAGGCCGUCUUACAAUUGUAGAAGCUCAAGGUUUUUCUAGUAACGCUUUGGAAAUCAAGGCGGUAUUAAAGACCAGUACAAGAGACAAGACUUUGAUCAGAACCAGAGCUACAAAGAAACAUGAUGGUGUAUUUAAAUGGAACGAAAGUGUUCCUUUCAAAUCAGCAACCACGGGACAAAUCUUACUCUAUGUUAGAGAACACCACACUUUUGGCAAGAGUGUUGGUGUAGGAGAAGCUCUUAUCGAACUUGCUGACAACACCAAUGUCAAUGAGAACAUCACCAUACCAGCUGGUAGCGGAGCUGUUGUUGUCAACUUGAAGUAUUUUGUGUAA